AUUUUUUUUAAUUUUGAACAAAACAAAUCGAAAUGAUUCGAUUUCGAUUGGGACCAUCGGUUUUCCAGUUUCGAACUGCAUCUCUAGUUGUGGCUCUAUGUCUUUUUAUCGUCGUGCUUCUCAUCUAUUCUUCUACGAGAGACAUGCAGAAUAUUUCACCCAAAGGAACUCUCUCUGAUCAUAAGUUGCGUACAAAGAAUGAAUUUAUGAUGAUAGAACAACGGUUACAAAGGCUAGAAGAAGAACUGCAGAAAAAUAGAGAUAUGCUCGGAAAAGUAAAGGAUGCUGUCAGAGAAAUGUUAAAAGGAACAACGGGCGACAGUUCUCAAAAAUCUAAUUUUUAUUUUAAUAUAUCUCACUUUCUUAAUAAUAGCCAAACAUCUGUAACUUUAUCACCGUUUGAUUGUGGAAUAUGCAAAGAACCUUCAGCAAAAGCUGAUAUUCAGAUGUCCAAUGUGUACAAAAAAUUAAAAUUUGACAAUCCGGAUGGUGGAGCGUGGAAACAAGGAUGGGAUGUGCAAUAUAAUGCUAGUAAAUGGACGCAAAAGAAAAAACUUAAAGUAUUUGUUGUACCACAUUCACAUAAUGAUCCAGGCUGGUUAAAAACAUUUGAGAAAUAUUUUCUUGAUCAAACUCGGCACAUUCUUAAUAAUAUGGUGGCUAAACUUCGUGAAGAUUCGAGAAGAAGAUUUAUAUGGGCAGAAGUUUCGUUUUUUGCAUUAUGGUGGGAAAAUAUUGAUAAUAAUGCAAAACAGUUAGUGAAAAGGUAUAUUUCAGAUGGGCAAUUAGAAAUAGUUACAGGAGGAUGGGUAAUGAGUGAUGAAGCAAGUACACAUUACUAUGCAAUUAUUGAUCAGUUAGUCGAAGGUCAUCAGUGGUUAGAACAACAUUUAGAUUACCAUCCACAAAAUGGAUGGGCCAUUGAUCCGUUUGGUCUUUCUUCAACCAUGGCUUACAUAUUACGGCGGACGGCAUUAGAAAAUAUGGUGAUUCAAAGAGUUCAUUAUUCGGUAAAAAAGUAUUUGGCACAACAACAUAGUUUAGAAUUUCUUUGGAGACAAGGAUGGGAUCUAAACCAUACAACAGAUAUUUUAUGUCACAUGAUGCCAUUUUAUAGCUAUGAUGUUCCUCAUUCUUGUGGUCCAAAUCCAAAAGUUUGUUGUCAGUUUGAUUUUAAACGUUUGCCAGGAAAUAAAGUUAAUUGUCCUUGGAAGAUUCCUCCGGUUCCAAUAACUGAUAAAAAUGUUAUGGAUAGGUCAUGGCUUUUAUUGGAUCAAUAUAGGAAAAAAUCUGAAUUAUAUAACACGAGCGUAGUUCUUAUACCUCUUGGUGAUGAUUUCCGUUUCGAUAAGAGCACAGAGUGGGAUUCACAGUUUCGCAAUUAUCAAAAAUUGUUUGAUUAUAUGAAUGGACGAGAGGAUUGGAAUGUUCAAGCUCAGUUUGGUACUUUAGAUGAUUAUUUUGCUGCAGUUCGUGAAGAAACUGGCCUGAAUGUUAAAAAUCAACCGAAUGGGCUACCGUCUUUAAUUGGUGAUUUUUUUACUUAUGCAGAUAGAGAUGAUCAUUAUUGGAGUGGCUAUUUCACUUCUAGACCUUUUUAUAAAAAUAUGGAUCGUAGUUUAGAAGCAUAUCUAAGGGGAGCUGAAAUUCUCUUCUCUUUAUUAUGGUCUAAGACUCCAAAAGACGAAGAAGAACAGAUAAGUCAUUUGGAAAAUGAUGUAAAAAAUCUCAUAGAAUCUCGAAGAACACUGGGACUGUUUCAACACCAUGAUGGAAUUACUGGAACUUCAAAAGACUUCGUAGUGGUUGACUAUGCAAACAGGAUGUAUAAUUCUCUGCAAAUUCUUCAAAAAACAAUAUCAAAACUAUCUCAACAACUGCUGAUCUAUGGAAGUAAUAAAUUGCCAUUUGAUGCCAAUACAAUAUUUUUGGAAAUGGAUACUAAAAAGUCCCAAUAUAAUACUAUUCCAGAGAAAAUUAAUAUUAAAUUAAAUUCUGAACAAAAUGUAAGGACUUUGAUUUUGUACAAUUCGCUAACUCAUACUCGUAAAGAAUUAAUUAGCUGCCACGUUUCAGCUUCUUCUGUCGAAGUAAGAGAUUUUUUAGGAAAUGUAGUGCCGAGUCAGAUCAACCCAGUGUUUGUCGGAAGUGCAAUCGUUGAAGAAGAAUACGAGCUUGUUUUCUUAGCAGAAAUUCCAGCUUUAGGUUUGGUUACUUACACACUUCAUUUUAUGGAAGAUAAAGAUGUAGAAAAAACUGUUGUUGUGUUAUAUAAUUUUGAUUCUGCACCUGAAAGUCGAAAAUUUUCCAUCCAGUCCUUGACGCCUCCUCAGGAAUUUAUGAUUAGUUCUUCCACUAUAACAGCUGUCUUCUCUGGUGCAGAUGGAAUGCUGAGGAGAAUCAUUUUAAAAGAGGGAAUUUCGAUCGAUGCCAGAAUACAGUUUCUUUUGUAUGGAACGAGACCUAAAGGUAAAGACAGGAGUGGAGCGUAUCUGUUUUUGCCCGAUGCUGCAGCACAGAAUUUGAAAUACAGUUGUCCAAAAAUUAGAAUAUUGAAAGGUCCUCUUGUGUCCGAAGUGACAGUUUUUCUACCGGAAGUAGAACAUCGUAUUAGAGUUAAGAAUACUGCAGGAUUAGAUAGUGCCGGAUUGGAUAUCUAUAACAUUGUUGAUGUGACCCGUGAAGUAAAUAAAGAAUUAAUUAUGAGAUUUUAUACAAAUAUAACCAAUAAUAAUCAAGAGUUCUUCACAGAUUUAAAUGGAUUUCAAGUAAGACUUGUGCAUAUUUUUUGCCUAUUUUUAAUUAUUUUUUCAUUUAUGUUUGUUUAAUUUAAACAUUUUAUA